AUGAACAAGUUCUCCAGCCUGGCUAAAGAUGAAUUGGGGAACUUAAAUCUGGAGAGUUUCAUCAGGGAGUUUCCCCAGAACAGAUACAACUGUUCCUCUCACCAGGGCACAGGAUUGAUCUCAGGAAACUUCUGUUACUCCUCCCCUCUCCCGGAACACCACUACCUGGCCACACCCACCAGCUGGACCUCUGACCGCCCCCCACGACCCAAGAGCCCCUGGGGCUGCCUAGACCCUUACACCUCUGAGGACCAGGACAGGGAGUAUGUAGGCUUUGCUACUCUGCCCAACCAGGUACACAGGAAGUCGGUAAAGAAGGGAUUUGAGUUCACUCUGAUGGUGGUAGGAGAGUCUGGUCUGGGUAAAUCUACACUAGUCAACAGUCUGUUCCUUACAGACCUCUACAAGGACAGGAAGGUGCUGAAUGCAGAGGAGAGGCUGGCUCAGACUGUGGGCAUCACUAAGAACACAGUGUGCAUCGAGGAGAAGGGAGUGAAGCUCAAACUCAACAUAGUGGACACACAAGGCUAUGGAGAUACCAUCAAUAAUACAGACAGCUAUAAGUGUGUUUCAGACUACAUUGACCAUCAGUUUGAGCAGUACCGCAGGGAUGAAAUCGGCCUGAACAGAAAGAACAUCCAGGAUAACAGAGUCCACUGCUGCCUCUACUUCAUCUCUCCCUUCGGACAUGGUCUGCGGCCAUUGGAUGUAGAGUGUAUGAGGGCUCUGCAGGACAAGGUCAACAUCAUCCCUGUUGUGGCCAAAUCUGAUGGUCUCACUUAUGAUGAGGUUAAGAAGAAGAAGAGCAGGAUCCUAAGUGAGAUAGAUAAGUACAGGUUAAAGAUCUACCAGUUCCCAGACUGUGACUCUGAUGAGGACGAGGAGUUCAGGAGGCAGGACAUGGAGCUCAAGAGGAGUGUUCCGUUUGCAGUGAUCGGCAGUAACAUGGUGGUGGAUGUUAAUGGUCGACGGAUCCGCGCCCGUCUCUACCCCUGGGGAGUGGUGGAAGUGGAGAACCAAUAUCACAGUGACUUUGUCCACCUGAGGAACAUGUUGGUGAGGACUCAUAUGCAGGACCUGAAGGACAUGACCCAUGACACACACUAUGAGAGUUACAGAGCACAGUGGCUGUGCAAGAGCCAACGCACUGAUGUGGUAGGGAGACACGCGGAAGAGAUUUAUCCUUGUGCUUAUGAUUUUGGUCUAUUUUUUUGUUGAUUGAUGAAAUAAUAUUGAUCGUAUUAAAUAAGUUAUUAAUUGAAUAGAAUAAUACUUUAUUGCCAAUUAAUAUGUAAAAUCUCCAUUAACUUCAUUCUCUUUUAGGAUUAUGACUUCUGACACACAAUCUAAUCCAGGAGGCCUUUGGUGUUAAACAAAAGAUGAUACACUGCUUUCACUAUUGCUGGAAUAAAGUCACAAGCUAAAUGUAGUAUCGGUUUCCCU